UUCCAGAGGACUAUUACACUAAGGCAAGGAAACAGUUACACCUAAUGUACAAUGAAUCAUGGAAACAUUACAUCAACUCAAUGAAACCAUUGUUGCUCUCACAGAUAAGCCAAGCUGCAAGAAUUAUCCGCGACACAAACAACAGCUCCAUGUGCAAAUUGACAAACAUUUCAAAUGACAAGUGUUCCACCCAGGUUCCUGUUUCUUUAUCAGCAAUUGAAACUAGAGCAAUUAGUGCACUUGCAGUGGCAUUUGAUCAGUCAAAUUCAACAUCUGCAACAACUUUGCAGAGUAAUGAUCCACAUGACAAUGGAAAAACCAAGUUAGUUACACCCGCUGAACCUCUUGAUGCUGCAGUCAAUUAUGAAAUGGCAUGUCACAAUGAGCAUUUGCCUUCAAAAUACAUGCUCCCCCCACUAGAGUUUCAAGUCCCUGAAAUCAUUGAUGCUCAAACUGAAGCUCUAGAAAUUUUUGAGAAUUUCAUUGAUGAAUUGGAGCCAAUACAUUCAGAGGAUGCUGUUGAUAUUUGCUCUAGUCAAACCUCUUUUAUGGCAGAUCUGCAGAAACUAAUUUUUGGCACUCAGCAGUUGGAUCUUGCACCACAACAGGAGUCAGCCAACCUCAGUGAUUUUACCUUUUCAUUAGUAAAAUUAAGCAUGGAGUAUGGUUCAGUUGAUGGACAUUUACCUCCUGUAGAACAGAAAGUGCAGCUUCAAGGUGACAAUGUUUCAUGUCGGUCAUCUUCAAUAAACAGUGCACCAUUGAAGAAAAGACCAUUACCAGCAUCAUUGCUCAGAAUGUCUGGUAGUGGUAGUAUCAAGGAAGAUGAAACAAGUGUGAAAAAACUAGAUUUCCAUCAUUAAAUGAUUUGCAGCUAGAAAAGAUCAGCAAAUUGCUUGCAGCUCGCAAGAAGAAACUUCAAUUUGCGACA